CAUUUUUAUCAACACCAAUUCUCUCUAUCUCCUUGCAUAAAAAAUUCUCUAGAAAAUCGCUCACUCAUCAGCAGCAACAGCAGUGACAAUGGGUAGUCUUCCAACUGGUAACCCUGAAAGCCUAUCAAUAUCUUCACAAAAUCCACUUGAUCCAGAUGAAUUCAGAAGGCAAGGUCACAUGAUUAUUGAUUUUCUUGCUGAUUACUACGAGAACGUUGAGAGUUAUCCGGUUAGGAGUCAAGUUGAACCUGGAUACUUACGUAAACGAUUACCAGAAUCAGCACCAAACAAUUCUGAAUCCAUUGAAACCAUUCUUCAAGAUGUCACAAAUGAUAUAAUCCCUGGUCUUACUCAUUGGCAGAGUCCAAAUUACUUUGCUUACUUCCCUUCCAGUGGUUCCAUUGCUGGGUUUCUUGGGGAAAUGCUUAGUACCGGAUUUAAUGUUGUGGGUUUCAAUUGGAUGUCUUCACCAGCUGCAACUGAGUUGGAGAGUAUUGUUAUGAAUUGGCUCGGCCAAAUGCUUACACUUCCCAAAUCAUUUCUGUUCUCGUCCGAUGGAAGUUCAGGGGGAGGAGGGGUUUUACAAGGAACUACUUGUGAAGCUAUUUUGUGUACACUAACUGCAGCAAGAGAUAAAAUGUUGAACAAAAUUGGUAGAGAAAACAUCAAUAAGCUAGUUGUUUAUGCUUCUGACCAAACUCACUGUGCACUACAAAAAGCAGCUCAGAUUGCUGGUAUAAACCCGAAGAACUUCCGUGCAAUCGCUACCUCAAAGGCUACAAACUUCGGUCUAUCCCCCAGUUCACUUCACUCUACAAUUCUCGCUGAUAUCGAAUCCGGAUUAGUUCCAUUAUUUCUAUGUGCUACUGUCGGCACAACUUCAUCGACUGCAGUAGAUCCUAUUGGCCCACUUUGCGAGGUCGCAAAAAUGUACGGUAUCUGGGUUCAUGUGGAUGCGGCGUAUGCUGGCAGUGCUUGUAUCUGUCCAGAGUUCAGGCACUUCAUAGAUGGUGUGGAGGAGGCAGACUCAUUUAGUCUAAAUGCACACAAGUGGUUCUUCACUACUUUGGAUUGUUGUUGUUUAUGGGUGAAAGACUCCAGUUCUCUUGUCAAGGCACUAUCAACGAAUCCAGAGUAUCUAAAGAACAAAGCAACUGAAUCAAAACAAGUCAUUGAUUACAAGGAUUGGCAAAUAGCUCUAAGUAGAAGAUUCCGAUCGAUGAAACUUUGGUUAGUACUUCGCAGCUAUGGAAUUGCAAACUUGAGAACUUUCCUUAGGAGUCACGUUAAAAUGGCCAAGUAUUUUCAAGGGCUUAUCGGUAUUGAUAACAGGUUUGAAAUUGUGGUUCCUCGAACAUUUGCCAUGGUUUGUUUUCGCCUUAAACCAACUGCAAUCUUCAAGCAAGCAAUGGUCGAAAAUGAUUACAUUGAAGCUCAAACAAACGAGAUCAAUGCAAAACUGCUUGAAUCGGUGAAUGCAUCUGGCAAGAUAUAUAUGACUCAUGCUGUUGUUGGAGGGGUGUACAUGAUUCGGUUUGCUGUGGGUGCAACACUGACAGAAGAACGACAUGUGACUGGGGCAUGGAAGGUGGUACAAGAGCAUACAGAUGCCAUACUUGGUGCACUGGAUGGUACUAAUGUUCAUGAUAUUGUUGAUUAAACUAGUUAUAAAAAAGAAUUAAAAUUCGAUUAGGUUUCAUCACAAAUUAUUCAUUAAAUUUUUGUUUUUAUGAUUUUUCUUUUUGUAUCUAAUAAUCUUGUGAAAGUUGAAAUAAAUAAAUAACAAUUCAUUUCAACAUGUUUCUCAUACAAAA